UAUAUUACAAAACUUAAAUUUUAAAGAAGAAUGAAGUGAUUAAGAUUUAUAAACAACGAAAGGUGGUCAAUGUUGAUCAACCAGGUAGUUAUAAAUCUUGACUGAAGUGCAUUUAUGUGCAUGGUUUUACAAGUGGUUUUGUUUUUUAUUCAUUUAAAUUUAUUAUGAAAGUGGCGCCUUUAACCUUAAUAAUUGUACCUUGAUUUAAUUUCAACGGUGGUUUAAUCUUCUUUUUUUUGGUAUUGACCUGGAUUAGUGUUUUUUCACACCUUUAUCAAAAGUUGUGGUCAAUUAACAAUUCCACUUAAAAAAACAAUAAUAAAGUGUAAUUGUGUAUAACGCUAUUAGUAAACAUUGCAUUUUUAUGACACGUGUCUAAUGUUAUCGGUUAGGAAUUUGUGGAAUAUUGCAGAUUAAAACAGUGACGCAACAGAAGUAUAUUUUUGUACAUAACAAACAAUGACUUGUUUAUCAUUUGCCAAAAACGUCUUCUUCAAUAAGACUCCAUAACGCAAAGAAAAAGAAGAAACCGAAAUAAAAAGAAACGCGACGUCGAAGGAAAAACGCGAUGUAUCAGAACCCCUGCUGGCUACGGCGAGCAACGGUUUCGCGGUCCAUCAAUUUAGCCAGCACAUCACGUGGUGUCCCCUACCAAAGUAGAGUUGGCCUAGGGUGAGCCCGUCACUCAUCCGAUUUAGUCCGUCUCUAAUAUCCUGAUAAAAAAUAGCGAGGAAGAGAAAAAAUGUCCAACACCUGAUCAGUGAAGACGCGAACGAACGAUGAGGGCCAGCAUUGCGGAGGGGUCUGCGCCCGGGGGCGGCCGCCGGUACGCCCUGCUCACCGUCCUGGACAGCCUGCUCUCCUCCCUGGUGGUGGCGCCCUGCGUCGUCGGCUAUUGGCGUAGCGUCUGGUGUCUGAUGGACCUCCUCGCGUGGCCCGAAGACGAUAUGCUCAGUGCCACCGUGUCGACAGUCGUCGGCGUCUUCGGCCACCUGGUCUUCACCCUCGGCCAGAAGUCGAUCGAACGGCACGUCCGCCCCGAUCGGAAGCUGCUCUUCUACAUUUGCUCCAGGGUGUACACGGUGUGUUUCGCGUUCGUGUGCGUGAACGGGUGGCGCGGUCCCUGGAACAUGCUUACGUUACACACAAAGGGUGAGGUGAUGACCGUGGGGGCGAUCACGGCGGUCGGCGUCGUCGCCCUGAUGGCGAUUCGGGCGCUCAGGAAUCUGUCCGGGUGUCCGUUCGCCAUCGUGCCGGACUCGGCUAAGGGUUACUUCGAGGUGCUCACCAUGUUUCGGGUGUCGGCGGAAGAGAAGACAUCAUUGUACAUAUUAGACUGUUUAUUUUCCAUAUUAGUCGUAGGAACACUGGUGGUAUUCGUAUGGCGAGGUGCUUGGGUCUUAAUCGACAUAUUCUUAUUCCCCGAUGACCAAAUUAUGUCUGCUUGGCUGAGUUUGAUAAUUGGUUACGCCACGGUGGCGGUCGCCUUCCUGCUGCAGCCGAUGUUGAGAUGGAUGUGCGACCGGGCGACCGGUGCGACCAGACUCAUUGUCGCCGACUUCUUCAUCCUCUUCUCCUUCUUCGGCACCGUGAACGUUUGGCGGGGGAUCUGGAACCUCCUCAACCUCUAUUUCCUACCGAAUAAUUUGGAACUGAGCUGCUGGAUAACCCACUGGGUCUGUCUGAUCAUUCUGAUAUUGUUGGGCUGUUCAAAUUCGUUGCUAGUACGCGGCGUUUACAUCGACGCCGAAGAACCGGCUGGGAAAUGUGUCGUCUUUCCCUGCUACUACUUAAGGAUUUUGUUCCAGCAGGAAAAGGCCAAGAAGGACAAUUCGAAAAUUCAAAUGGAGGACGUCAAGGUACCACGUGACUACGAGAACAACCACGUAAUUAAUGUUGAGAAGAUCGAAAAUGUUAUUGAGAAUAACAGCAAAUUGUGAAUAUUACUAUUAUUUGUAUUCGGUGGAAAUAAAUACACAUUUAAAUUGUUUAUUCGGACAGAAAAAUGCAUUGUAUGUAAAUAAUUAUUUGUACAUAACCGUUGAUGUACUAUAUAGUUUUAUAUAUAGUAGAUUUAUUUUAUUUAUUGAUCCGAUGUUUUUAACAGUACCACUUAAAUAUUGUAUAAGUAUUUUGUAUAGAAUAAUUUUUAAAAUAAACCAUAGAUUAUCA